ACUGCCGGAGGUGCAAACAUAAGCAAUCGCUAUUCUCACUCUGCAAUUUUAGCUCCAAAUGAUCUCAUAAUAAUAUAUGGCGGCACAAGCGAAGGGGACCUUUCAGCACCACAACAGUUAAUAGCUCUUAACAUAACUUCAUUGCCAUAUCAAUGGAUAGUACCAACAACAUCUUAUCUUUCACUUUACGCGAUACCGCCACCUUUAUCACUACAUUCUGCCACACUGGUUGAAAAAUAUAUGAUUAUUGCUUUUG